AUGCAGCCCACUCGAUGCCGAUUUAACCGGGAAAAAGAGGGUGGCCUCGGAAGUCCAGCGCUACGAAACAGAGGCGCUUUGGGCAAAACAGGCGGGGAGUUUGAGAUGACUCUGGACAAGAUUGUGACUGAAUACUUACGGAAACAGCAUGCUUUAUGUCGGAACCCUGUAGCGACCUGUCCCCAGAUGUCUCUGUUUCAACCACACCGAUGUCCAGAGCCGCGGGGGAAGAGGAGUGCUCCGGCAAACUUCACCUCGCGCUUCUUCAACAGCCAGAUACAACCAAGAUAUGGGGGUCUUGAAGGUGCUAGUGCAAAUCAUAAAUUCAUCUACAGCAGAUUUCGACCUUUUAAAACUUUCAAAGAUGGUGAUGAUAAUUUCGGCUUUACCUGUUGUGCAUUUGCGCCGACACAGCAGCAUUUGAUAUUAGGUACAUAUACUGGAGAUCUGAAGUUGUUCAAUGUGGUGUCUGACGAG